UGUCCUCAGAGUGUAGAUAUGUCUGCUGCUGCCAGCUGUCUGCUGACUGAAGAUCAGUUUCUGUGCUCCAUCUGUCUGGAUGUGUUCACUGAUCCAGUCACCAUACCAUGUGGACACAACUUCUGCAAAACCUGCAUCACUAAACACUGGGAUAUUAAUGUCCCCUAUCAGUGUCCCAACUGUAAAGAGGUUUUUGAUUCAAGACCUCAACUGCGGGUCAAUACUGUCAUCUCUGAGGUGGCUGUUCAGUUCAGACAGUCAGCUCAACAGAAAGCCAGCAGCAGCAGCUCAGAGCAGCAAGUUUCUAAACCAGCAGAAGUUCCCUGUGACGUCUGCACUGGAACCAAACUGAAGGCCCUGAAGUCCUGCCUGGUGUGUCUGGUCUCCUACUGUGAGACUCACCUGGAGCCUCAUCUGACAGUGUCACGUCUGAAAAGACAUCAGCUGAUCGACCCUGUGGAGAACCUGGAAAGCAGAAUGUGUCCGAAGCACGAUAAACUGCUGGAGCUGUUCUGUAAGACCGACCAGACGUGUGUCUGCAUGCUCUGCACCAUUUCAGCCCACAUGACACACGAUGUUGUUCCUCUGAAAGAAGGAUAUGAAGGAAAGAAGGCUGAGCUGGAGGUUGAAAUUCAGCAAAUGAUCCAGAAGAGACGACUGAAGAUUGAGGAGAUCAAACACUCAGUGGAGCUCAGUAAGGAAGAUGCAGACAGAGAGACAGCAGAUGGUGUUCAGGUCUUCACCGCUCUGAAGGAGUCUGUUGAGAGAAGCCAGGCCGAGCUCAUCGACACGAUCAAAGAGAAGCAGAGAAAGACAGAGAAACAGGCUGAAGACUUCAUCAAAGAGCUGGAACAGGAAAUCUCUGAGCUGAAGAAGAGAAGCACUGAGGUGGAGCAGCUCCCACAGUCUGAAGACCACCUCCACCUCCUCCAAAGCUUCACCUCCCUGAACGCUGCUCCACCCACCAAAGACUGGACAGAAGUCAGCGUCCGUCCAUCUUCAUAUGAGGGGACUGUGGUGAGAGCUGUGAGUCAGCUGGAGGAGACGCUCAGUAAACAGAUGAAGAAGCUGUUUGAGGCUGAGCUGAAGAGGGUCCAGCAGUCUGCAGUAGAUCUGACACUCGAUCCUGAUACAGCACAUCCCUGGCUCAUCCUGUCUGAUGAUGGAAAACAAGUUAAAGAUGGUGAUGUAAAGAAGAAUCUCCCAGACAACCCAGAGAGAUUUGAUAGAUGUGUUAAUGUCUUAGCAAAGCAGAGUUUCUCUUCAGGGAGAUUUUACUACGAGGUUCAGGUUAAAGGGAAGACUGAAUGGACUUUAGGAGUGGCCAGAGAGUCGAUCAACAGGAAGGGAUUAAUUUAUAUGAAACCUAUUAAUGGUUACUGGACAAUAUCUUUGACAAAAGAUAAUAAGUACAUUGCUUGUGCUGAAAGUGAUAUCGUUCUCUCUCUGAAGUCUCGGCCUGAGAAGGUGGGGGUGUUUGUGGAUUAUGAGGAGGGUCUGGUCUCCUUUUAUGACGUUGAUGCUGCAGCUCUUAUCUACUCCUUUACUGGCUGCUGCUUCACUGAGAAACUCUACCCAUUCUUACGUCCCAGUCUUCACCGUGACGGUAAAAACUCUGCUCCUCUGGUCAUCACUCCUGUCUAGGGAUGUAAUGGUGCACAGAAUUCAUGAUUUGGUAUGUUCCUUUGUUUUUGGGGUCAUAGUUCCAGCUCUUUUCUCGGUACAGCAGCGGAAAAAAAUAUACAAAUAAAAAAAUAUUUAAAAAAUGUGAAGAUUUAAUUUAACUGUACCAUAUUGGCCCUCUUCACACUAAGUAUAACCACCAUUUGAUUUGCAAAAAAAACUAUUUAGUGUAAUUUAAUGUAAAUGUAAUUACAUUAAGUGUAUUCUGUGUAUUUUUUGUUUUCUUCAGAUGCCGAUGAUUAAUGUGUUGUUUUCAUUAUUUCUUUUUAAUGUUUUGAUAUUACUCCAUAAGCAGUUAGUCUUCGUUCUGUGUUACUUGUAGUUUUGGCUUUUCCCAUUCUUUUUAGUUUUUCUUAAGAUUUAAUAAGUUACAUUUCCAUAUAUCACCCUCUUUAUGUCCUUUCACCUAAUACAGUCUAAUAUUAAGUAAAGAUUAAGUUAAUCUUGAAGUUAAGUUUCUCUUCCAUGAUAUUUUUUUUCAUCAGUAAUCCCACUAUCCCCAUUCCACCUGAUAUUUAUUGGAUUAAUAGAUUGGCACUGUGUCUCUGUGUACUUCAGGCUCCUCCUGCUGUUGUCUGAAGUAUCUCUGGGACAAUACCACUUUUAGACAGUAAAUGACAGAAAGCACACUCUAAUUUGACUUAAAGCCUAUUUAAGUCAAAACUAUUAUGUUGACACAAGAAGCUUUAAAAACAAACUAAUUGAGAGGCGAUCCAUCAACAAGUCAGUCAUUUCUACAGCAAGUAAUGAAAUAAAUGUAAACAUUAUAGAAAAACAAGAAAUUGUCACUCACUGAUUAUGAUAAUGUCUUUUUUCUUGUAAAUAAUGUCUACACUGUGUUAUUAACUCAUUAUUAAUCUAUUAAAACCAUUGCCAUAAAUGUGACUCUGUUUCUAUUCAGUUGACCGGAAAUUACAUUUGUCCUUGCUUUUUUUUGUGAAAAAUAAAAAAUAAAAAACAGAUUUUUUAAAAAUAUGAAUAGUA